AUUCAUAUGUUUUUUAUAUAUGUUUUUAUCCAAUUUUGUGGGACAACAAAUUAUAGAUCAUAAUAAUCACAUAUUUGUCACAGCAUACAAAGUUCAGUGGUACAAUACUCCUUUAUCUGUACAAAAGCUGAUAUUAUUUCUGUUACAAAGAGGCAAUAAAAGUUUUGGUCUGCAUGUUGGUGGAUUGUUCAUAGCAUCUUUAGAAUGUUUUAGCACGUUAUUCAAUGCAUCCAUAUCUUACUUUACUAUCAUGUAUUCAAUGCGAUAAUAACAACAUAAUAUAUCAAUUAAUACUAUGUCGAUGGGAA